CGGAAUAGGGAGGUUUCCUCAAAGUGAGGCCGAGGCACUGGCAGCCAAAAUGUGGCCCCUAAAGCUUUCUCUGUUGUUCCUACUCGCCCUAGUGUAUACGGCAGAAAGUAACCAGUUUAAUGAAUUGGUUGGAGGCAGCGUCACUUUCCGUGCGGACCAUGGCAAUACAGCAACAGAGAUAACUUGGAAGAAAGGAGAUGAUAAAUUGGCUGAUGUGGAGAGCAAUAUAGCACCUUAUUUUUAUAUCCUGGGUGACCGAGCCAGUGCGGAUUUGUCCUCUGGGACCCUGACCAUAAGGAACUUGAUUGUUUCAGAUUCAGCAAUGUACACAGCAGAGGUUCUAAUACACGGACAAUACGACAAACGUCAUUUCAAGCUCACUGUGUUUGAUGCAGUUCCUCAGCCUAAUGGUACUUGUACGAGAAACCAAGAGAACGUUACUCUGCAUUGCACAUUCCCACCCUCUCCAUCUACCAUUGUAACGUUACAGAACAGCAGCAAUAUCACCGUUUGUAACACAACAACAUGUACCAUAACUAUGGCUACGGAGGGUGACGUCACCUGCUAUGUCAGGAAUCCUGUAUCUAAAAAAAACUUCACGUUACACUGCCCAGCACCAGAUGCUGAUAUUCUUGAGAGAUCGCACAUAACUAUAGCUGUUGUUGUUGUUGUUCUUACUUUAAUUGUUCUUGCUGUUGUUGCUGUUUUGUUCUGGAUCAAAAAAAGAAACAGAGGUAAGAAAAAUGAAAACCCUGAAGAUCCUCAACAGAAUCAACCCUUAAUAACAGAUUCUAAUAAUGCUGCUGAGAGUGAGAGCGACAACAAACAGAGACAAAGUGACAAUAAUAUUCCUGAGCAAUCAGCAGCAAAGGAACCUGACUGCUCUAAAGACGAAACUACUCCAAAACCCAAUGAAGCUGCUGAGAGCGACAACAAACAGAGACAAAGUGACAAUAAUAUUCCUGAGCAAUCAGCAGAAAAGGAACCUGACUGCUCUAAAGACGAAACUACUCCAAAACAUCUGCCCAAUGAAGCUGCUGAGAGUGAGAGCGACAACAAACAGAGGCAAAGGGACAAUAAUAUUCCUGAGCAAUCAGCAGCAAAGGAACCUGACUGCUCUAAAGACGAAACUACUCCAAAACCCAAUGAAGCUGCUGAGAGUGAGAGCGACAACAAACAGAGACAAAGUGACAAUAAUAUUCCUGAGCAAUCAGCAGCAAAGGAACCUGACUGCUCUAAAGACGAAACUACUCCAAAACCCAAUGAAGCUGCUGAGAGUGAGAGCGACAACAAACAGAGACAAAGUGACAAUAAUAUUCCUGAGCAAUCAGCAGAAAAGGAACCUGACUGCUCUAAAGACGAAACUACUCCAAAACAUCUGCCCAAUGAAGCUGCUGAGAGCGACAACAAACAGAGACAAAGUGACAAUAAUAUUCCUGAGCAAUCAGCAGAAAAGGAACCUGACUGCUCUAAAGACGAAACUACUCCAAAACAUCUGCCCAAUGAAGUUGCUAACGAACAAGAAUCUUCUGAACUGGUGAAGCAGAAGGAAAGUGAAUUCACUGCCCUAUGAAGAACUCAUCUGACCGUGCUGUGUGCGCAUUACUGAGGCCAUAGGAAGCUGCCAGACGUCUAAUGAAAUGACUUGUGUUAAAUGCUAUUAAAGCUUCAUGUGAAAAAGACUGAAACAUUCCAAAAUGAGAAAAACAAAAACUUUCAUUUUGUAGCAUGAACUUUCCACCCCAUUCCCUGUACAGUAUCUCCGUCCAAUUUCAGCCCGUACAGCUGUAUUGUGUGCACUGGUUUCGAGUCAGUAUGUCAACCAAUCAAUAUGUCGCACAGUGCGUUACCCAUCAUGCACGCCUCCUGCUUGGGAAACAGACGAACGAUCAUUAUUUGUAUGAAGACAAAGAGAAUGGCCGGUGGUAUCUCAGUGACGACCUGACAGGAUUCCUUAUCCCCAUAAAUAUCUUGAUCAGUUUCCCUUCAGCAAGAGGACCACGUUCCAACUCCAACUUGCUCAGUUUCAGUCAGUCGUGUUCUGCGCCUUACGUUUUGUACCCAUGUGUAUCUGCAUACAGGAUCUUCUUACAGCUCAGCAUCAUAACCAAUACAAGGGCAUGUGGUGCUGCUCUUGUAUGGGCUAAGCUGGAAGAGUUUCUUAAAGGGACAUUAAAUGCAACACAUUUCUAUCACACAUAUACAACAGAACUAAUGGAACAUGUUAUAUAUAUUUGGAACUAACAAUGAAGUGCAUGAAGAGUUGCACAGCUGUAUCGUCAGACAGUGGCGCGACCACAAGCAUAACCGCAAGCGAUAAGGUGGAUAAUUACAUUUUGCAUUUUUUUGUCAUGUGUUUGCUUUUUACAUUUUUUUAUUUAACUUUACAGAAAGGUGAAACUGCUUCUUGAUCUGCUGUUUUUAUUUAAGAUAAAUAGAUCUGGCUGGUGGCCCCCGUGUCACCACAGGAGGAUUCCAUAAAGCAAAAUGUCAUGAGCCCGGCACAAAUGUAUUAGCUAAUGACGCCGUCACUGUUCUGUAUGAUCUGAUGUUUUUAUUUAAGAUAAAUAGAUCUGGCUAGUGGCCCCCGUGUCACCACAGGAGGAUUCAAUAAAGCAAAAUGUCAUGAGCCCGGAACAAAUGUAUUAGCUAAUGACGCCGUCACUGUUCUGUAUGAUCUGCUGUUUCUAUCUGUUAUGUCAUUACAAACCUUUUUUAUUGUCUUUCCUCAUAUGCAGUUAUUAGAAUAUAUAUAUAGCUAGGGAUGAGGUAGGCAGGUAGCAUCUAUAUACAAAGAGAUUUAGCAGUGCUACAUGGUGUGUUGCUGAACGUGCUAAAUACAUCAGAGAUCCUGGAAAAUGCUGUGAUGAAAAUUUUACAACCAGUUUUCUAGUCGUAUAUGUAUACAGCACCCUUCUCCUCCAUCAGGGCAGACACACGUGCAUAUGUGAAAUACAGGUAAACUACACAUAUACAGAUACACGAGUACAGAGUGAACAAGUGCGCAUGGGCACGAAACGCGUCUGUGUGGAGAUCAGCCCUAACACCUGAUGUGUACUUCUGCUGGCUAUUUUUGUCGGGAUGUGAUUUCUAGCAUCCGUUUUACUCAAUAAAAUUUGGAACUGUUUUUUUAUCUCUAGCCUGUCUGGAAAUUCAAUACUUUCAUCACUUCAGAGGGUUUUAUGCAGAUCCUGUACUUGUGCGCUAUAUCUCCACUUUGUGUUUGCAUAUAUCCUGUUUGGGGCGAAUUCGGCAGUUCCGCACGGAGUGGCAGCCUAUCACAGGAUCAAUCCUAAAGGGGGUGUGUCCCCGCCCACGCUCCGUUUUGUCGGCUCCCUGUCUGUGCAUUGGAACUAUGGUGAGCGCUAUGCACAGAGACACUGUGUAAAUCUAUACAGAUACACGUGCAUAUGUGAAAUACACAUAAACUACACAUAUGUUUUCUCUAGAAAGAAGGUGACAUGAUUACUUUUAUAUCAAUAUUUUCUAGGCAUGUAUAUAGAUAUGGCAGAAGCUCUGUUUAUUCCAAAAAUUUACAGGAGGAAAGGAGACUAUCUCCUGCAACUAAACAUUUUUUUCACUAUAAGAGCAAAAAAAUUGUGGAACUCAUUACCAAAGAAGGUAGUGAAUGCCAAUACCCUAGAUAAUUUAAAAAUGGUUUGGAUACAUUUCUGGCUAGAAACAAAGUUCAUGGAUAUGAUUGCUUGUAUUAAAUGGGUCACUUUUUAGUGGGAUUCAUUUAAGCUCAACUGGAGCUUUUUUAUAAGUAUAUUAGAUUUGUAUAGGUUGAACUCGAUGGACUUCGGUCUUUUUUUAACUUCAUCUACUAUGUGACUAUGUAUAUACAGAUACACGUGCACAUGGGAAAUACACGUAAACUACACAUAUACAGAUACACGUGCAUAUGCGGAAUACAUGUAAAUGACUCAUGUACAGAUACACGUGCAUAUGCGGAAUACAUGUAAAUGACUCAUGUACAGAUACACGUGCAUAUGUAGCUUGCAUGUAAUUUCUCUCCUCUCUGCCAAACACCACCUUGUUAGCCUUGAUAGAUCUGUGAUUACAAUACGUAAAAAAAAAAUAUGCCCAGGUCAUCUGUAUCCAGCCUGGGUCACUAGAGAUGCCAACCUUAGAUGCAGACAUUCCUGUAUGAGGCUUGUUUAAAGGGACAUUUGUAUUUCAAAGCACUUUUAAAUGGAUUUACUGCUCUUUAAUUGACACUGAUGAAACUGAUGGUAUACAAUCUGUAUUUUAUAGCUGUAGUAAUUAUGCAAAGUCUGCUCAUCCACCUAAGCUUUUUAUUUAUUGGUGAUGCCAGUGGGCCUUAUGGCCAAUCAGAACAGCAUGAUCCAACCCAUAAACACAAAAGGAAGAAGGCGCUCCAAUGGUACAGUAUGUUACAACAAAAUAGAUUCAAAUCAAUCCCCAAAACACCCUCUCUAUAAGUAGGUACUCACAAAGAGAGCGCACUAUGGCACAGUGCUAUUCAAACAGGCUGGAUAGAUCAGAGCCCCCCAGCUAGCUCCCACAGGAUUAAGUGUAUCUUUAAUCCUGUAAUGAUGGAAAAGAAGACAGGGGAGGGGGGCAAAAUACUCCAAUAGUGCAGAUGGUCACUUAAAAAAAUCAUUGCUCCCAAUAAUAGUUCCCCACUGAGAGUGGAUACUCACAUAGGCUGUGCACUAUAAUGCAGUAACACAAGCUGGUAUAUCAGAGCCCACAGCUGGCUCACUCCAGAACACAGGAACCACGGUCCACAGAAGGAAUGUAUCAAAUAAAGCUCACAAACCAUAUAAAAUAAAUAUCGCAAAGUAUGGGAUAUAUUUUAUUAAAAGAUAAGUUAAAAUCAAUAGAAUAGAACUACUACGCGUUUCAAGGUGCUAGUGGCACCCUUUCAUCAGGCAGUGAUAAGUGAGCUAUACAAUAAACAACAUAUGUAUAUAGAGCAUAACAAUAUACAAUAAUUAGAAUCACAUUAGAUACACAUGUUGGAAUCCAGUCACAUGAUUCUGAUCACUGAUGGUCUGCAGCUGAUUAGGGACAACACAAGAAAAACUUGGUACACUCCCCCUACUCAGGCACAGAGUGAUAUAAGAAUAUAAAUAUAUCUAUUGCCUCUAUGUGAGACCAUACACCAAUCAUAAUCUAUGAAUAAAAUAUUGUCAGUGUUUACAAAAAAAUCCAAACAUCCUAAUAUGGUGAAAUAUUGCACAAAACAGUCACAAUUAUAUAAUGAAAGCCAUUGCAUAAAACCGUAUUACAAGAUGUAUAUACCUAUGGCCAUCCUAAGCAUAUAUAUACCUAAGUUAAAGGAUCAUAAAUGUAGACUAAAGUAAAGCAAGUUGUUCCCCAUUUCAGCAACCAUCUGUAUUAUUAAUUUCAUUCAUCACCUACAUUACAUAUCCGCAUUGAAGCAUGUAAACCAUGUAGACGUACUCACUCAUGUAAGCGUAAUGUUGCCAUAGAAACGUGUCCAAAACAACUGUGACUCAUUACAAUGAACAACCAGGUGCCGUAGGCGGAGUUACAAAAAUUGUCACAAAGUAUGCUAAACAAAAUAGACUAAAUACAUUGUCAGUACAAAAAGGUUACAAACUAUGAAUCCAAAUCAAAUUGAAUCUUGCUUGAUAUAUACAGAUAAUUGGAGCAUAUCAAUUUUUACUAAGCGAUGCUAACAUUAUCUGUACUUACUUACCCCAUCUUAAAGCUAAGUAUACUCAAUGUCUAACACCAUUAGCUAAUAUCCUGACAAUACAAACGUAAGUACAUAGUGCUCAAAGAUCACUAACAUAUAUUAUAUUACGAAAUGGUCAAAUGGAUAGACAUAUUUGUAAAUAAGAGGUGUGCCGGCCCUAAAACCGAAAAGUGCACAAACCUGUGGCUCAAGCAUAUACCCGGAAUGUGCACAAAUCAGUAAUUACAAACACAAUGGGUACCUACCACAAAUACAUUGCAAGUUACACAAUCAUCAAACUUGGCCCUUAAAGUUAUCUAGACUUCCAUACUAAACAUCUUGUGCACAAACCUACAGACACACAAGCGGAUAAAAUCCUGUUUACACAAAUAUGCUCCUUGAAAUAGCAAGUAUCCUAGAUUCCGACAGUAUAGGAGACCUACUGAAAAGCCGCCAGGUCAAUGUUUUCAUUUAACCCUUGAGGGAAUAAUGUCUUAAGCUUCCAAAUCCAAUAGGUCUGACGCAACCUAGUGAAUCUGUUGUAGCGCAGAGAUUUGGGGAUAAAUUCAAUAGGGAUAAUGUGAUAUGUAUCAUCCCUACCCUCAUGCAUAAGUGUACUAUGCCAAGACACACUUUGUUUAUUAUAAUUAUUUUUGAUGUUUCUGUGGUGUUCCCCCCAUCAUGUUCUUAAACACCUACUGGUGCGCCCAGUACUGCAUUCCACAAAUGCAUUUUAUUAAAUAUACUACAUAUACACUUUCGCAUGUCAUACGUGUCUUGACUUGAAACACUUCCCCUGUCGUAUUGGAUUUAAAGCUCAUCUUCUUAUGUCCAAUAUAACCACGUCUGACAUCUAUUUUUGGCACAUUUAUAAAUCCCCUUCUUUAGAUUCAAAAAACCAGGUGGCUGUUAAUAUUUCCCCUUGUUGUCAGACAAUUUUUUAGAUGUCACCACCUUACUAGGAGCUAGACAGUUCUUCAAAGUGGGGGCCCUCCUAAAUAUACAUAACGACUUGUCUGCUACAAACUCUUUGAGCAUUGGAUAAUUUUUUAAAAUAGGCCAAUGUUUUUCUAGAGCAUAAGCAAUUUGUCUAUAGUUGCUAUUAAAUUGUGUUAUGAAUUUAGGUAAAUUCUCAUAUUUAUUCUCUCUAUGCACUUUGACCUGUAAUAAUUUAUCCAACCAAUAUAUGGCAAACAGACAAAAUCUUUAUGAGUAUUGCACAUUGUAAGCUACCAGUUUCAGCAGUGCUGUAUCAUAGUCAGUUUAAAGCAAUGCUAUCUGUCCAGGUUCUGCUUUAGUGUUAACCACAAAUGUCCGGUGUAAUACGCUAUUUAUAGCAUCAGCUUUAGUAUUAUUAAUCUUAUAAAAUGCAUUAACCCUCCUGCUCUGACUUUAGAUGUAACUGUGAUGGACAAGAUAGGAGAUAACGAAACUGGAAAGUUAGUGAACAUAAUAUAUAUAAAUAUAUAUAUAUACGUGUGUGUAAGAAAACGCAUAAGGUUAUUGUUCUGCUUAUUGUGUGGUGAUCAUUUUCUGAAGAACAUUUUAUUUCUCUGUUCUUUUAUAAAAUAAAACUUUAUACAAAGCUGAA